AACCAGAUCAGUUUCAGUUUCAGUUUUGGACGCAAUAUUGUCAGUAUGAUCAUCAAAAAUGUGGAUAAUUUCACCAUGAAUGACGCUCCGACUCUCGCCAGCAGCCGGCGGCGUGCCAUGGCAACUAAUCGCUUGCUACGGGCAUUGUUCGUCGAGCGCAAAACGUUGAAGGAGAUCCGGCGCCUGAUUCAACGCCAGCACCGCGGGUCGUGGUCUUCGGGUGUAGGUACUAACAUACGCUACGACUGCGUCGAUCAGCGGACUCAGUCUGUUUCCAGAUCAUCCCGAAAAGGGCGAGAAAGAAGACAACAUGAGACCGCCCCCGGGCACCAGGUCGCAGCGAGCAGAAGUUGUACAACGACCAUCGUCCCCGACUGCACCACAUCAACGAGAAUGGACAAUUUUCUGAACCUUUUGCCCGAUGAGCAAAAGCAGUUGGGGUCCC